AUGAUGAUGUUGAACGGCGGAGUCCGCACUGGGAAGAAAUUUCAACAGCAGUAUCCGCACUUAUUUACCACUUGUGCAGCAGCAAACAGAGGCGCUGCAGUGUCUGCACAGACACCCCAAACCUGCAGCAGCGGCAGACGCCGCCUUGCAUUUCUGGCGGCGGAGAUAUUCAACAAAAUGGGAAAUGCGCAUGGAGGAUUUAACCUCCCUGGACACCCGGGGGGCAACGACGAUAAAAAGGACAAAAAGAAGGAAAAGAAACCCCUGGAGGCUGCCCCCCCUUCUCACGUCGGGCGACGCAAGAAGCCCAAGGGUUCCGUCGGCGCUUCUAAACUGCCAAAUGUUACCCCCGUCACCAAAUGCCGGAUGCGCCUGUUGAAGUUGGAGCGGGUGAAGGAUUAUUUGCUGUUAGAAGAGGAGUACAUCAGCAACCAGGAGCAGCACAAGCCAGCAGAAGAACGGAAUGAGGUGCGAGUUGUAUUGUCGUUACUAGAAGAGGUGUCUCGCGUAGACGAGCUGCGGGGGUCCCCUUUAAGUGUCGGUACAUUGGAAGAACUCAUAGAUGAUCAGCACGCUAUUGUAAGUUCUUCAAUAGGGCCGGAGUAUUACGUCAACAUUUUAUCUUUUGUCGACAAAGACCUCCUCGAGCCGGGAUGCUCGGUGCUGCUGCAUAACAAAACGAGCAGCAUCGUCGGCAUCCUCAGCGAUGAAGUCGACCCACUUAUCUCCGUCAUGAAAGUUGAGAAAGCCCCUUUAGAAACGUACGGGGAUAUUGGAGGGCUUGAGAAGCAAAUACAGGAGGUAAAAGAGGCGGUGGAGUUCCCUCUGACUCACCCCGAGUUCUUCGAAGACAUCGGCAUCGCACCACCCAAAGGCGUCAUCCUCUAUGGACCCCCAGGGACAGGGAAGACGCUGUUAGCAAAGGCAGUAGCGAACGAGACGAGCGCCACCUUUCUGCGGGUUGUAGGGAGUGAGUUAAUUCAAAAGUAUUUAGGAGACGGUCCUAAACUUGUGAGAGAAAUGUUUAAACUGGCGAAAGAACACGCGCCUUCUAUCGUCUUCAUCGAUGAGAUCGACGCUGUAGGCACCAAGAGGUACGAUGCAACGAGCGGCGGAGAGAAGGAGAUUCAGCGAACAAUGCUGGAAUUAUUAAAUCAGUUGGAUGGAUUUGAAGCCCGGGGAGAUGUAAAAGUUAUUUUAGCUACAAAUCGAAUUGAAAGCCUCGACCCCGCCCUCAUUAGGCCUGGGAGAAUCGACAGAAAAAUUCAACUUCCAAACCCCGAUACGAAAACCAAACGAAAAAUCUUUCAGAUUCACACUUCCAAGAUGACGAUGGCUGAAGACGUCGACCUCGAGGAAUUUGUUAUGGCUAAAGACGAACUUUCGGGGGCAGAUAUUAAAGCUAUCUGCACUGAAGCGGGUAUGCUGGCGCUGCGAGAAAGACGUAUGAAAAUAACACAGGAGGAUUUAAGGCAGGCGAAGGAGAAGGCGUUGUACAGAAAGAAAGGAGAUAUUCCAGAGGGUCUUUAUCUUUGA